AUGCUGCACCACCAACCUCAGAUCCUUUCUCCUCUGCCUGAGUUGAACUCGCAAUCGGCCGACCCAGCAAGCCUACGUGCUCGCAAGAUGACGGCCGGUGGGAACCGAUCAUGGUCUGACGAGGAAGAGACGUACCUCCUCCAGACACGCAUGCAGAAGAUGCCCUACAAGCAUAUUGCGGCCCACUUGAAAAAGACGGAGCUUGCGUGUCGCCUGCACUACCAUCAGCUCUCGCACGGCAGCCACCGCCGCAAGCGCAACUCUUCCAUUUCCUCGACUGCUUCUUGCAGCUCCAAUGGCACAUCUCCCGCCUACGUCGUGGCAGCAGAUCACGAUGCCUACUCUCAGUCAUCCCGCCACAGCUCUCCCAUGAGCUACAACGGCAGUCCUCAUGGCCACGUUGCUUCGAUCAACACCUCUCCCAGCCGGGCGCCACACAAGAUUCUCCUGCCCAAGCCUCGCACUCUUACCCCCCGUGCCUCUCCUGAGCCCUACAACGCUCUUCGUAUCAACACCGAGGUUGCCCAUCAGCCCAAGGUGGUUGACACGGACCGCCUCCGCGCCAUCUACGAAGCUCGCCGCCAGCAGUUCUGGGCGACCGUGGCCGCUGACUACGGCGCUGAUGUUUCACCUGCUCAGCUCGAGGAGAUUUGGCGCAACGGAUCCAGCGCCAUUCGCCCACCGACCCCUGAUGCCUCGCCUGACGGCAGCAUUAUGCACAACCCUGUGCUUAAGCCUUCUCCAUUCUCCUACUCGUCUACGAGCUAUAGCGAGUCCACGAAGCAUUAUAGCCCGACCAAUCCCAUGAACAUCAGCGCGAUAUCCGCGCCAGAUCGCCAGCCAUACAUGCUCCCAAGACCUGUUCCUUCAAACAAUGGCCGUCAACGAGCAGGCACGUGGAGCUCUGCCCCCCGCGACAACAUGCCCAUUGCUAGUCUCCUCAAUGACGAGAGGAAAUGA